AUGGGGCUUUUGUGCCUCUCCAUGGGCCUCCAAUGCUCCUUUGGUCAUCCUCCUAGCUUGAAUGGAUUGGAGUCCCAUGCCUUGGUCUUCAAUGUGAGCCUUCAAGCGAGACCUCUUCUGUUGGAUUUAACAGGUGAAGAUAAAUAUGUGGUUUUCAUCUCUGGCUUGAGUGUUGGGAGAAGCUCUUCUAAUCCUCUCCAGUUUCAACUUUUUGUUGAUCACAUUACUGGAUAUUUAGGAAAUGAGAAGGAAAAAAAUGUUGCAGCGCAAAUAGUUCAAGUUGUUAUUGCUGGAAACUCUGUUGAAGUUCCUCGUGUACUUCUCAACGGACAGAUUUUGGGUUCAAAGGGCCAGUCCAGAUUGUUUGAGCCGAUUAAAGAGCUUGACAUAUUGUUAACUCAGAUUGCAGCAAGUAUACCUCUGGAUAUCAUGCCAGGGUCCAGUGAUCCAGCAAACUUCGCCCUGCCACAGCAGCCUCUCCAUAGAUGUCUUUUUCCUGGAUCAUCAGCUUAUAACACCUUCAGAUCUUGCACGAAUCCACAUUGCUUUGAACUUGACAACAUCAGGUUCCUAGGUACAUCUGGUCAAAAUAUUGAUGAUCUUGGCAAGUAUUCGGAGGCAAACAACAAUAUUGAAUUUAUGGAGAGGACAUUGUGGUGGAGACAUCUAGCACCAACGGCACCAGACACCCUUGGUGUGCUACCCUUUCCUGAUAGCGAUCCUUUCUAUGUCGAAACAUGUCCUCAUGUUUAUUUUGUUGGCAAUCAGGAUAAAUAUGAAUCUCGCUUGAUAAAAGGAUCAGAAGGGCAGAUGGUAAGGCUUAUUUGCAUUCCUAGAUUUGCAGAGACUGGAGUUGCAGUGGUGUUGAAUAUCAGAAACCUUGAGUGCCAUAUGCUCAGCUUUGCCAGUCAAAUCCACUUAUAAGAUCAAAGUACGAUGUAAUGACUGAGUGCGUAUAUAUUGCAGCUAAAAGUUGCCGGGGAGGUGUAUUUCUGUUUCCUGAUAUUGUCAAAU